ACUACUUCAGCCUGAUCAGGUCAUCGUAUGGGAUUGUGACUGAACUUUGUUGUGUCAGGUCUUAACGAAUUUUGGAAGGUCUGCAAAGUGCAUUUAUAUACACGAUAUACUCUCGUUCAGUAUAGCGUAUUUCAUCGAUUAUGCAUUUUGAAACCUAUUUGGUUUUAUUUGCGGUCGUGUCCUAUGCCAGUGUUGUCGUCGCUAGCAUUGAACAACACACACACGACCAUCUCUCGACGCACCCCCAUUACGAAGGAGGGGAGCACAACCUCGAAUAUGACCACGAUGCAUUCCUUGGUCCCAAACAAGCUAAGGAAUUCGAAACACUGAGCGAAGAAGAAGCGAAAAAAAGACUGAAGGCUAUGGUACCUAAGCUGGACACAGACAAGGAUGGAGAAAUCUCGUUAGCUGAACUUGAAUCGUGGAUAGAUAAACAACGAAAAAUUUUUAUGUACGAUGCAGUCGAUGAAGAUAUUGAAGUGCAGGAUCAUGAUGGUGACAAGAUGAUAUCCUGGACUGAAUACAUGAAAGCAAGGUUUGGGGAGUGGGAGCAUGAGGAUUACCCUAAAGAUGAGGCAUUGAAAGAUCAAAUUCGAAAGGCGAAACGUAAAUUUGACGCCGCAGACCAAAACAAAGACGGAAAAAUGGACCGAGAAGAAUAUGUGUUGUUUCAACAUCCAGAAGAAGCCGAGUACAUGGAAAAAAUUGCCAUCGAGGAAAUAGUUGACGAAGUUGAUAAGAACGGAGAUGGGCUCAUAUCAAUCAAAGAAUUCCUAGGCCAAUAUGGUGAGGACCAAGGGCCUGAGUGGGUAGCCCGCGAAAGGGAAAACAUUGCAAAAAGUUUUGAUACAAAUGGCAACGGACAUUUGGAGUUUGAAGAAAUUCACAAAUGGGUCAUUCCAACACGCGGGGAGUCGCGCGAGGAAGCUGAACAUCUUAUGGAGGGGACAGAUGAGGACGCUAACGGAUAUCUAUCAGUAGAUGAAAUUAUCCUUCAUUAUGAUUUGUUUGUUGGGAGUAGAGCAACUGACCACGGUGAAACGUUGAAGCGAAUGAGACACGAUGAGUUUUAGCAGUUUCACAAAGUUUAGCCCAAUUGUGACAUACUAAUAUAAAUAUACAUUGUAGAAACUUGUAAACACUUAUA